AUGUGGGGCGGUCAGCAGAGCUUUGUUUACGGUCAAGCCGCAGCUGGCGGGCCUCAGCCACCUUACGCAGCGCCUUCGUAUGGAGGGCCUGCACAAGGGCAAGGUUACCAACAAUUCCCGCAGCAAUUGAGCAGCGGCGCUUUUCAACAAGCGUCUAAUUCGUACCAAUCACCAGUGCAGCACAUGCAAGCUCCCGCGCCCCACCAACAUCAAUACCAACAGCACCAGCCUUUUCAGCAACCUCAAGCACCGCAGCAGCAAUACUUUCAAGCAUCUCCUACUUUGCCACCACAAGCACCUUCAGAUCCUGACAGUUUUGCCGCAAUGUAUCACGGCCAGCUCUCCCAGCUUACUUUCAACUCAAAGCCUAUCAUCACCGGGCUCACGAUCUUGGCGCACGAGCACGCGGGUGACAUGGCCAACGUCAUCGCGCAGGUCCUCGAUGAACACAUUUCAGCGGUGAGCAUCGUCACGAGCUGACUGUCAACAACGGCCAGCGUUGAUGAUCAUUGACCUCGUGCAGUACAUGGGUGCUGACUCGGCCUCUUCUCUGCUUUCCCACCGUUCAUGAUUGCGAUGCUCUGUGUGUCACUGCUCUUAUCCAUCCCUCUGCAUUCGUUUUGGCCCUUCGGACUGCCACGCACUCGUAACGAAUGUCUUGGUGUGCGGGUCACAGGCGCGUCCUGAGCAUCGCUUGCCAGCUUUGUACUUGCUCGAUUCCAUUUCCAAAAACGUUGGUGCACCGUACACAACAAUGUGGUCUGAGCGUAUUUCCGCCUUGUUUCUCGAAACAUAUCGAAUCGUCGACCAGCCAACGAAGAUGCGGAUGGAAGAGCUGCUUGCUACGUGGAGGAACAGCGGCCCGGGUAAAUCACAAUUGUUUGGCCCAAACGCGCAAUGGGAGGUUGAGAGGACACUGUUCGGCAAUCAAGGACCUCCGCAGACGAACAAGGGAAAUGCAAUGGGCUCGAUCUCUGGCUAUCGGUCGCCGAUGGUAGUCCAGAAUGUCGGUACACCUCAACACUUUUCGGGCGGCAACAAUUCGCCCAUGCCGCAUGUGACCGGUGCAGCGCCUGUGCCAGAUGCAAUGGUAGCUGAGAAACAGCGCGGUCUGGAGUUGAUCGAUCGUUUGCUGGCCCUAGGUACCCAGCUGCAGUAUCGAAAUCCUGCCGCUCACGAUCAGAAUCGUAUGACUGCUCUGAGACAGUUGAAAAGCGUGCUUCAGAGUAGCAAUUUGACGCGGGAAGAACUGGGUCAGAUCACGGCUCAAUUGGAAGCUUUGAGCGCUCAAAGCUCCAAGUCUGCCAUCAAAGCCCUCGAGCAGGAUCAGGUCGGGCCCGGCGCAGAUGGGUCAGUCGAUUCCCAACUUCAAGGUUUCAAUGGUGCGCUCUCACCCCCUCACACGUCGGGCGCGUCUGCACAACAUCAAGGAGUUUCUCAGACGAGGUCGCCUGUCCCUGCGUCGGUGGCUCUGCCAGCAAGCUUCGCAGAGACGUUGGCAAAUCUCGGCAGGUUGGGUCCGCUCGGUGGCGCCACACCUCCUCACCAACCCUCCAAUGGUGCCGGACCUGCUGCUGUGCCUGCACCUGCAGCAGCUGCUGCGCAACCUAGCGAUCUGAUACGAAGUUUGAUGCAGGCCGGUCUGAUCAAGAGUGGACUUUCGGCUACGGCGACCCCGCCUCAUGUCAUCUCGACACCACCCCACGCGGGUGGAAACGAGGCUUCACUGACAGCGUCAGCUACCGCAGCAGCCAAAGCGCGACCUCAGGACUGGGACUACGAAUCUGCUGUGCUUUCUCUCUCCAUCAACUUGAGUGGACCUGCUCUACAAAAGGAACCGAACAGCUUGUCGGUCGAGAUCAUGACGAGCAACAAAUUUUUGCCUUUGCAAUGUAGACAGUGCUCGAAUAGAUAUCCUGCAGGUGACGCGGGUCAGAAGAGCAUGGACGAGCACCUGGAUUGGCAUUUCAGACACAACCGUCGAGCCAAAGAGAUGGCCGCUCGAGGUCAAGGUCAAAGCAGAUCCUGGCUGAGUCGAAUUGGAUACUGGAUCAGAGGCGGAUUCGACGAUUCUCCCCCUACGAAGACGGAGGCGGGCGAGGAGAGCGCCAGAAGCGGAGGAUUGACGCCCGCUCAGCAGGCCGAAUUGAGAGCUGCGGCCAAGAGCUUUGUUGUGGCGCCAAGCGAUGAUCCUAGCGCUGCUACCAGGCCCUGUCCUAUCUGCAAAGAGCUGUUUAAGAGCGAGUGGAAUGAAGACGAAGAGGAAUGGAUCUGGAAGGAUGCUACGAAGGUCGAUGGCGUUGUGAGUAUCGUCAAGGGGUCUCGAAAGUGUUUCGGCAGCGCAGAUGGUCCUGACUUCACUAUCUUCAAUGCUCUCUUGCAGUACUACCACGCGACUUGUCGGUACUCCGCCAAAGCCCUAUCUAGCACAGUAGGUGCCCGAGGUGCUUCGCCUCAAGCGGGCAGUAACAUCAAGAGCCCUACAGAUUCUAGGGAUGCCACUCCAGAGAUGCGAGACGAGCAAGCUUCUGGCGCAUCUGCUGAUCCCGUCAUUCGAGUCAAACCGGAGGACUUGGGCGCCUCGCCAACCAGCAAGAAGAGAAAGGACAAUCCAAAUGCGGAGUGCGAAAGCGAGAACGGAUUGGUAGAGGAGAUCAACAACCACAAACGUCUUGCAGCAGGGGCUUGA